AUGCCUGCGGGCAGGGGCUUGUGCGAUCUGGACGACUUCGGAGAGGCCCUGGCCCUGGCGCCGCCGCCGCUGGCGCCACCGCGUGCGCCGCCGACCGCGGAGGGCGCCCAGGCGCCCGCGACGUGGGCGCCAGUGGACUUCGCGCUGGGCUCCAGCGGGGCCGCGGGGAGGUUGCUGGUCAAGGCUCUCACCGCCUGGCGGGCGGGGCACCUCUACCAGCGGCGGCUGGACGCGGAGGGGCGGCGGGCCACGGAGGCCCAAGGUCUGCUGCGACGUCGGGCCGUCGCGGACGUUGGGGCCGACGCCGAGCGGUUGCAGCACGCAGUUCUUCGCGCUUGGAAGGCGGCCUCGUCGAGCAGCUCCCCCGCCCCCCGAGCAGAGCACCAGAAGGCGCUGCGCCGCGCCGUGGUGGCGGAGGAGCGUGGCGCGGCUCGGGCGCUGCAGGUGGCCCAGCACGCCUCCCGGCGGCACCUGGUCGCCGCCGUGGUCGCGUGGAGAGCGGCCCUGCAUCUGCAGCAGCGCGAGGCAGCCCGCCGCCAGCGGACGCUUCACGCCGAGGUCUGCUUCGCCACCGAGCUGCACAGGGUCAGGGCGGCGGGCGCGAAGCUGGCGGACGAGCUCCGCAGGCAGAGGCGUGCGCACGGCGUGGCCGCGAUUCACGCGAGCAUGGACCGCCGCAUGCAGGCGGUGCUGCAUGCCUGGUACGCGGGCACGCGGGAGCGGCAGCGCGAGGCCCUCCACAAGAGCCAGCUGGACAUCGCGGCCGCCGAGGCAGCCGCGGGCUGCGCCGUGCUGCGCAUGGAGGGCAGGCGGAGCGCGCUCGAGCUGAAGAGGAAGUGGCGUGCGGAGUCCCUGCGUGUCGAGGCCGCCAGGUCACAGCAAUUUCAGCGCUCUGUCCUCGUGGCCUGGGCCAGCCUGGGCCGGGCCUCUCGCCGCGAGCUCCUCGCGGCCCAGCUUGCGGCCUCGCGUGCGGAGGUGGGCAGGCAGGCGUGGCAGCUGGCCCGCUGGCAGGAGGCUCUCUGCACCUCCAGGGAGCGUUCGCGCCGCGCCCGUUGCGCGGGCGAAGCCUUCCGCGCCUGGUUCCUCGCGGUCUCGUUCGACGGCGGCGGCACCACAGUCACGGCCGCUCUUGAGCCGCCCCCCGCCGCAGCGGCGGCGGACGAGGCGGCCCACGAGGCGGCGUCCUCCGUCGCGGCCGCUUCCGCGGACACCGCUGGUGUGGCCGAGGGGUUCUAG